AUGGUCAUAACUACAAUUAAUGUAGAAAGAGAUGUACGGUGUCGAUAUAAUCGACGAGUACUGUUUUGUCUUCGAAUCAAAGGAGCUGCUUUACUCAUUGGCUUCUGGGAUUUAUUUAUUCAUUCAUUUGCUUUAUGUGCUCUUAUAUUUAUGUUUGGGCGAACACCUGAAACCAUGACUGAAUUAACAACAACAAAUAAUCAAUUAUAUCGUCAAGCACCAAUAACAUUUGACAAUUAUCAUGAAUCACCUUCAAAUACUCUAGUAAAUAAUAAAAAAUUCCUUUCAAGACAUGCCGCAUUUUUAAAUCAUAUUAUGGAAAAACGUAAUGCAACUCGUUCACUAAUGGAAAUCAAUCCAAGAAAUUUUUAUUCACAUUGGGAUUUAAUGACUUUUCAUUGGGUACAAUCACUUAGUCAACAAGAUAAAUGUAUUGUCUUUGUCAUAAUUUUUUCGGCUACAGUUCUCAUAUUAGCACAUAUUUGUGGAGUUAUAACUAACAAACCAUCAUAUAUAGUUCCAUAUUUUUUAAUAAAAGUUUUCAAUGUUAUCAUUGCAAUCUUAUCAAUGUUAGGUUUUUAUGCUUAUUUACCUGAUGUAAGAGUUUGGCUUCAAGUACAACCAAAUUUUCCAUAUAAAAAUUAUUUACUUGAAUUCGAUGCACAAACACUUCAACUUCUUGUAUUUACUUUUCUUUUAUUUCUUAUUUUAGCUAAACUUUAUAUUGUGGCUAUUAUUUGGUAUUGUUAUGGAUAUGUAACAGCCUUAACAAUGGCUCGAGCCAUUGGAACAAUUACAGCACAUAAUGAUGAUCCACAACCAAUUAUUGGAGAGAUGUAUUCACCACCAAAAUAUGAAGAGGCAAUUAAAUCUAAUCCUCAACAACAAGAAGAUUAUGCGCCUCCUCCGUAUACACCAUUAUUAUCAUCAUAA